AAAAAAAAGAGGAAAAAGAGAGAGAAGAGGAAACUGUAGGGAAGGGAUCGGCGAAGGAAAAAACACACGCCAAUUGCCAUAAACGGAGUACGGUGGGGGGGUUUUGUUGUUCUUCAGAGAGAGAUUGAGAGAGAGCUGAAGGCGAUUCAUCGUUUUUCUACGGAUACAGAGCUUCGGAGAUCUAUAUCCAUGUCGUUGAAUUGUUAAUUUCGCCAUUGUAUAUCCCAUACGAGUCGGUCCAACUUCAUUUCGCCUCCGCGCCGGUCACUGCAAUGGUGGUCUGCAAAUGCCGCAAGGCCACGAAGUUGUACUGUUAUGUGCAUAAGGUUCCCGUAUGUGGAGAAUGCAUUUGUUUUCCAGAACACCAAAUAUGCGUGGUUCGUACCUAUUCAGAAUGGGUAUUGAAUGGUGAUUAUGACUGGCCUCCAAAUUGCUGCCUGUGUCAUGCUAUACUCGAGGAAGGAAGUGGUCCUCAAACUACUCGAUUGGGAUGUUUACAUGUUAUACAUACGGAUUGCUUGGUCUCACAUAUCAAGGGCUUUCCUCCAUCCACUGCCCCUGCUGGAUAUGACUGCCCCGCCUGUUCCAUUUCGAUAUGGCCUCCUAAGAAUAUUAAAGAUUCAGGAUCUCGUCUGCAUGUAAAGCUGAAGGAAGCUAUCUUGCAGACUGGUCUGGAAAAGAAUUUGUUUGGAAAUCAUCCAGUUGGAUUAUCAGCAACAGAAUCACGUGGUCCUCCCCCUGCCUUUGCCUCAGAUCCCUUGGUUUCAUCUUCAGGAGAUGCACACAACAAUAAGAGCUCAUUAAACUCAAUAGCAAACACUGAGUCGAAUAUGGCUGAAGAAGGGUUAUCCGCCACAACUGUGGCUGGAUCUUCCAAAACAAGCACUGGAGAUAUUGUAGAGAUUGAAAUACCUGGUUCGGAAGGGAAUUUUGUGAAAAGCUCAAGUCCUUCAGGCCCUGUUGCUACUACAAGAAAAGGUGCAGUCAAUUACGACAGGCAAAAUUCUGAAAUUUCAUAUUAUGCUGAUGAUGAAGAUGGUAACCGUAAGAAGUACAUUCGUAGAGGUCCAUUUAGGCACAAGUUUCUUAGAGCACUACUUCCUUUUUGGUCAACUGCAUUGCCUACUCUACCUGUGACUGCACCUCCGCGUAAAGAUGCAUUAAAUGCCAAUGAUGUCAGUGAAGUUCGUGCUCGGCACCAAAGACCCUCUAGAAUGGAUCCGAGAAAAAUUCUUCUUGUCAUAGCAAUCAUGGCAUGCCUGGCAACCAUGGGUAUUUUGUACUACAGACUUGUACAACGAGGUAUUGGAGAAGAGUUCGUGGAUGACGAGCAGCAACAAGCAUGACAAAACCGAAUCAUAUUUGAAGAGGUUUAUAUCUUUUGGCUCUUACCAGUGCUUCUAUAUGCUGUUAGAAUCAGACCUAUUAUGAGAGCACUGUAAGUAAUCUUUUACUUGAGGCUUUUCUGCCCCACAGUGAGGUGAAGUUUUUUCUUUUAUUUGAGCCUUUUUGUCAUCUUACAACUCUACUCUUGAUGUUCCUUCACAUGUAUGGAUUGUGGAUUGGAGAAUUAGGUUGAAGAAAAGAUCUUUGAUUGGAACUAAUUUAUUUUGUAAUUACUCACAGUCAAUAAGCUUACAUAAUAGGUCUUUUUAUUUACUGAGAUGUGGUAAUCCCAGAUUCUAGUCUCCAUUAGAUUUGAUUUUCGAAUCAAAUCAUUAGAACUGAUGGAUUUGAUUUCUUGAAGAACUGAAUAUGAACCAUUGGAUUCUAAAAA